GGAGAACAGCAAUCAUGAAAGCCUUUUUAAAAUGCUCCGAAGGCUUUAUUUUCCUGAGAAGAUAUACUACUAUUGGAAGGCAUGAAAAUUCAGACAUUGUUUUAAAGUACCCAGAUAUCGACAACCACCACGCCCUCAUUGAGUUCAACGAAGAGGAAGGCAGCUUCAUUCUUCAGGAUUUCAAUUCCCUCAGUGGGACCUUUGUCAACAACUGCCACAUUCAGAACGUAGCAGUGAAACUGAAACCAGGGGACGUCCUGCGGUUUGGAUCCGGGGGGCUCACCUAUGAGCUGGUGGUGGAAUUCCUAACCUCAGGCCGGUACUCAUCAUGGCCCAGGACGGUAGACCCGCACCCGAGCCCCAGAUUCACUACACAGCUCCCUGUCCUCCCUAAUCGGCCAAUGAGUGCUCACAGAGGCUGGUCCCAAGGACUGAUGGAAGGCACGCAACCUCGUCCCCCUGUGGAAAAGAGGCCAAUCAGUGCCGGAGGGAGAAGGAUGCUGAAUAUUCCUUCUGAUCCAAUUGGCAGAUCUCCCGUUAAACAAGUCUGGACAGCUGGAGACCCAAUCUGGUCAUCUGAUGAGGGCUUUUGUAAUCUGGAUCAACCCUCCACAGCACCUCAUGAAAAGGGCCCAGUUAUGCACCUGAAUCAGUCUCACCUGGUCAAUUGGCCCCACCUGGAGCAGUCCCACCUCAUCAAUAUCUCACACCUGGAUCAGUCCCACCACGGCGGCAUCCCACACCUGGAGCAGACUCAGUUGGUCGCCAUUGCCGAUGAGCUCAACACCCAGGAUGACAUCAUUCAGCACCUGGGACAGGAAGUCAACCGCCUGGCGGGCUUUGAGAUGGAAUCAAAACACAAAGAUUCUGUGAUCGCCAAUCUCCAAAAUGAAGUGGCUACCAUGUCUCAGAGGCUGAUGUUAGUGCAGACGGCCCCCGGCCAGAGUGGCGUCGAGAUGGGUCAGAAGCUGGAGCUCCUGGAUCAGGACAUUGAUGACAAAAAGUCUGAGAUUCAAUCCUUGAAAGACCAGAUCACCGGUCUCCAAAAAGGAUACAGUGAUAUGUUGUGUCAGACCCUCACUGAGAGAAACAUGGAGAUUGCAAAUCUGAAAGCCGAAGGGGAGAAUUUAAAGAAAGACAAAGCAUUGAGCUCAGAGUUGGUGGCCAGUUUGCAAAAGGACAUCGGAUUAAAGGACAGCAUGGUCCAAAAACUAAGGCAGGAGGUGGACAGACUGAAGAGUGAAAACCAAGAAAAGGAUUACCAGCUUUCAGCCGUCACUUCCAGGUGUACAAAACUGAAAGAAGAGUUGAAGAAAGAUGAGCUGGAAGCCAGAGAGAAGGAACUAAAAUCAUGCAAAUCUCACAUCAAAGACCUAGAGCAGCAAAUGAAAGUCCUGGCAGAACAGCUCCAAAAGAGCUGUAAUGAGCAAAGCCUCAUCGCCAAGACGCUGAAAGAAAAGAACAAGGCUGAAGAGAAGCUGCAGGAGGAUUCCAGGAAGAAAUUAAUUCAGCUUCAAGAGAUGGCAUACAGAGAGCGGCUCUUUAAAGACAAUUUGGACAAAGCAGUGUGUCAGCUGGAAAAUUUCCGAAGUCAAAUAAUAGAAGUCAUCUACGGCCGAGGAAAACUGCCUCAGGCCAGGAUCGUCACCAAUCAGCAGCUGGUAGAGACCAUCUCCCAUGUCAUCGAGGACAACUUCAACUUGCAGCAGAAAAAAAUCCUCACCAAUAAGAGCAGCUGGGCCACCAGAUCUAGCAAGGAGGAGCUCGUGGUCCAAAUGGACAAGCUGAAGGCCUUCUUGGAGGACUGCCAGACUUGCUUGAGAUUGUCUUGCUGUGGCAAUGACUUGAGAAAGCAGCUCAGCGACCUUCAGAACCUCCCGGUGGAUGCCUCUGUGAUGUGGCUGCACAAAGCCAUUGUGGAGAUCCUGCAGAUGGUGGUGUGCUGGGUGGAGAAAUUUGAGCAGCUCCUGAAGAAUGUGGGCAUCGAGCUGUCCCACUCCGACAAAGGAUUGUCCUUGUACUUAAGUAAAUUUCUGGAAAAUCAUAAGAAAAUUGCAAAUAGGAACCAGGAACUCCAGGCCAAGCUCAGCAACCUGCAGGAGGAUCACCAUUCCCUGCUGCAGAGGAUGCAAGAACAAGCUUUGGAGCAUAAGAGGCAAAUAAAGGAACAAAUCAAGCAGCUGCAGGAAAAGCAAGAGGAGGAAAACCGGGUUUGGAAGAACAAUGUGACCCAAGAAAAGAAUCAAGCUAAGGCUGCCGUGGAAGAAGAGAAGAAAAAAGUCCAAGAUCUUGAGAACCACUUAAGGAAACUGAAAAAGGAAGUGGAAUCUAAAUCCCAGGAAGGGGAAGUUUUAAGCUCCCACUUAAAUGAGGCACUGACCAUGGUGGAAGAAAGCCAGCAGACAAAUACUGAGGACCAAAAGGAAAAGGAAUCCCUCGCUCUGAGUUUGAGCAAAGCCCUGGCGGAACUCAGCGAAGCCAGAAAGAAACAAAUCCUUCUGGGGAACAAUUUGAAGCAGCAGGAAGCCCUCAAGACAGUGGAGGAGGAGAAAACCCUGCAGAAGAAAAACCUAGAGAUGGAGAUUAUCCAGUACAAGGAGCAGGUCAAGCAGCAUUCGCAGACCAUCAUCACUCUGGAGGAGAGGCUACAGAAGGUGACCCAGCAGAACAAGGACAUUGAACAGAAGAUUGUGAACCUCAAGGAAACGCUACCAGUUCAAAAGGAAAUACAGAAAGAUCCAUUGCUAAAGACUCUUGCCACUGGAAGGUCAUAUGACUAUCUAAUGGAAGAAUUCAUGGUUGCCCAGAAAAAGCUAGUCUCCCAGCACGAGCUCAUCAUUGCCCUGAAAACAGACCUUUCCAAAAGCCAAGCCAAGAUGUCUACGUUAAAAGCUGAGUUUGAUGAGCAGCUAAAAGCAGAGAUGGGGCAGAAUCUCUUCCUAGUUCAACAGCAGGAGCAUGAGUUGAGCGAGCUGAAGGAGAAGCUGAUUCAGAUGUCCAACCUCAUGGAGAAGAAGAACAAAGAGAUCGAAAGCUUAAAGGAGUAUCUAAGAAACUCUGUCUCUGUAGAAACCAAAAAUAUCUGUGCCAUAUGUGAUGUGGGGAUACAAGUGGAUGGUACCGAAAAUGACCCGUACAUCUUUAACCAAGAGGCUUCAUCCUUCAUUGAACUAGGGACUAAAUGCAAAGGGCUUCGACAUGAGGAAACCAUUCAGCGCCAGAAAAAGGCCCUGUCCGAACUACGGGAGCAAAUCAAGGAACUGGAAAAGACCCCUGGUCCAAAUGCCAGAGACACAGGGAUGGAGCCACUUCCAGAAUCUAAGAAGCCUAAAUUGGGGAAAAAUGCCAAAAUGAUAGAGAAGGAGCCAAGCUUACCAUCUCUGCCAAACAUCGAUCUCAGAGUGGGAAGCAAACCACUUCACUCUUUGCCCCCAAAUCACCUUCCCAGCCCAUCUGCAGAGAGGUCAGCAAGGCUGGAUGCAGCUGAGGCUCUAGACCUCAGUGAGAAGCUGUAUAUGGAUAUGAGCAAAACCCUCAGCAGCCUAAUGAACAUCAAGGAUAUGUCGGGACACGUGUCCAUGAAAUACCUUUCCCAGAAGGAGCGGGAAAACGUCAACCAGCUUCGGCAGAGGGACCUAGACCUGGUGUUUGAAAAGAUCAGCCAGCUCAAGAACCGGCUGGAACGGAAGGAGGAGCUUCUGAAAGAAUACGAAAGAGAUAACGAGGCGCUCAGGCAGAGUAAGGUGCCCAUCCAGUUGUACGAGGCACAGCUGGGUAAACUAGAAGAUGAAAUCUACAAGGAGGCAGAAGAGAAAGCUCUGCUGAAGGAAGCCCUUGAGAGGACUGAGCAGCAGCUCAGCCUGGAGAGGAAGCUGAACCGCUCCAUCAAGCAGCAGAAGGAACGGUUAGAGGAACAGGAGCAGAGGGGCCCAAAGGAAAUAAUCCCUUUCACCUGUGUCCCGAAAGAGAGACAUGAACGGAAACUCCAGUAUAUGCGAAUUGUGAGAAGCAAGUUACUGAGGUCACCUCCUCUGCUCAAGGCCAAAAAGAUCACUAUCAAGACAGACCAGGAGAAAGAAGUACAGAACAAAGUGUCACCACGUAAAACCAUCCUGGAAAUCAUCUUCCCUAAAACAAGUGAUAGGAAUUAG